GGCGGAGGCGGGCCGGGCGGCAACCUGGGCAUUCUGGGGAUGCGGCGGCUGGAGAGCGGACUGCUGCUGGGGCAGGCGGGGCUCAUUGUAAAGCGUGCCGCUAGCACCGCCUCCAGCACCGCCACCAACACAGCCACCGGCACCGACAUGGGCGGCCCGCCCGGCCCCGCCAGCAGCAUCACCCGCGCCGGCUUCGACUCGCAUCCGGGGCGCAACAGCAGCGCGACGCACCUGCCCGCGGCGGGGGAGCACCUGGACAUGCGGGCGCUGCUGGCGGGGCCGCUGUCGCGAUCCUUCACGGACGCGCGCUCCUCACGCACCGGACUAGCCAUGCAGC